AUGCCAUCGCCACCUCCCCGCGCCGACGCGGAAAGGGCCUUAUCACAAUGCCUUCCGGGCGAUAGGCUCGUCACCUGGUAUGAAGACGACGAUCUAUGGCACGAGCGAUUGUUGAUUUGGCCCAAGGACAGGCAAAGCUGGUGGGUUGCUACACCCGACGGCGAUAUGUACCUCGAACCAAUAGUUGGAGACGGCACCCUCGGUCCCCUUACUUUCCGGAUCAAAGGCGUCGACUUCACCUACUGGUCCAGGCUCACCAGGCCGGUGUACCGCUUCUCGGAAAGCGUCAGCGAUGAGGACUUCAAAGGCUGGAUCCGCGAGGCUCUGCAAGAGUUACGUGGGAUGGAGGGACCUAGCCCUGAGGUUCCUAGACAUGUGCGAAACAUGAAGGGGGAUGUUGUCGACGCGACGGCCUAUCUCGGAACCAUCUUGGUGCCCCGCAGGGUCGGGGCCAAGCGGCUUGUCACCGCCAGCCCUACAUCGAGCCCGGCGACUUCACACGAGUUUCCUGUCCUUUCUUCGACAGACAUGUGGGUUAUUGCCGACCCUCGAGGUGAACUUCAAAUCGGAGCCGAGCUGACCCCUUCGCCAGGAGACUUGUUCCUCGGCGGCAAAGAUGCUGCGUUUUUUCGGGCUGGCUUGUGGGUCAGGGGUGAGCUUGUAGAUAGAGCGUUGCUGGAUGCUUGGCAGCUUGAGCGCUUGAAACACCUGACGGGCAAGCCCCUUGUGGAUGCGGCCGCCGAGCGCCUCGGCAUCCGCCCGGACCCCGAAGACCCUCUGAAGAACCGUGCGGGCGAGGCCAGGGAGACCCCCGAGGUAAAGGACGAUGAUGAGUCCGAUGCCAGGACACUUUGGGUUGAGUUUGAUGACCAAGGUGACAGAUUCCGAGAAUGGAGGAAGGUUGUGUCCGACUCCGCGGCCCAUGCUUGGAAGGACUGGCCGCACCAAGGACCGGCGUCGCUCUUGCACACAAUGAAACAUUUCCAUCGGCAUGGAGGUGACCCUCGCUCUUGGCUACAGGCAUGGCUCCGGAAACAUCAUCUUGCUGAGACCGACAGGACGGCUCAUGAGGUCCGCUCGUUGGUGGAGGCAUUGUGGUUGGGAGGAUGCUACGACCAACUAAAUAUGCCGAGCCUAGCUUCGUUCGAAGCGAUCGGUCGACGACUUCAAACAAUCGUAGAAGCGUACUCCAAUGGAGCCAAUGGAGUUCCUGACUGGGGCCACGCGAGACUCUUCACUGGUGCGGUCUCGGCCGACGACGUCGUAUCGGCCGAGCUGCGGUCAUGGGCAGCAAGGCGUGGCAAAGAAGAAGUAGAACUCAUUGCCGCUCGCUCAAAGAUCAAGGACAUGCGCAAGCUCCUGACCGGCGCUGAGACCACGAGCUCGACCCUGGAUGAUGCGCUGCCGAAUCCCAAAGGGAAGCAGAAGGGUGGGCGCCUUCGCAAGCCGGAGGAGAAUGUUUGUGGGGCCCUGGGGGGCCUUUUCCCGCUCCCCGAGUUGCAUGUGGAGUGUGCCGCUACGAAGCUCUCCAGAGGAAGUUCCCAACGGCGCAAUCGGCGAAUUCGACUUCAGGUGGACACGAAUGAGGCGGUACGGGCUCUCAAUUGGAUGGCUGGUGCCCCUCAGGAUCGUGGCGCUUUUUCGCCUUCCCGGCUUCAACAGGAGGCCCUCGAACAUGUGAAGGCGGCGUGUGUGGCUUCCCUUGAACUUCCCGAGGGCGCUACUUCCCCUUGUUCCCCGGAGGCAGCCUUUCGAGAGUUGCUCCGCGGCUCCUCGGUUUACGAGGCGGCCGGUUCAACCUUGGCGUCCUUCAGCCUUGACCGCGUCAGCUUGCCGGAAUCUGUUCAUGACUGUCCGCAGGUGACCGACCUGCUCUACGGCACCGACGCCCAUCAGUAUUUGGAGGACCCCGAGCGCAUGCUGAAACCAGCUGAAGACCACAGUGACAUUACCCCGUACUGGGACCCCUUGUUGAGGAAGAGCGUCCGACAUUACAAGUCACUCAUACAGCGUUUGCAUAAGAUCGGCUACUGCAGCUAUACUUUAACCCCAAAAGAACGAGCUGGCAUCUUCGUAGUCAAGAAGAGCGAUGGUGUGCGACAGAGGCUUAUCAUCGACGGGCGGAGGGCGAACUUCAGGUUCGCGACUCCACCUUCAGUGCGCCUUUGUUCCCCUGAAAGCUUUGCGAAGGCAGAGAUCACCUGGGAGGAUUUUGAUCACACUCUCUUCCCCGGCUUUGAGGCGCUCCCUGAGUUACAUGUGGGGCUCUCUGACAUUCGCGAUUGUUUUCACCGACUCAAACAACCACGUUGGCUGCAGGAAUUCUUUUGCUUCGAUCCCGUGCCCGCCAAGUGGGUCGGGCUCUCGGGUCAGGAGCUCGGGGGAACACAGCUCAAGCCAGAUGACCUUGUGUACCCUAUGCCGUCUUCAUUGCCCAUGGGUUGUUCAUGGAGUUUGUAUUUUGCCCAGACCAUCUCGGAGAAGUUGAUGGGCGAGGUCAAGGGCCUAGAACAGUCUUCCUUGCUUCGCGAUAGGGGACCCCCUCUGGUCAUCAAAGUUCCGAGAGAGUUGCUAGAAGGUCGGAGCGACCCUGGGCCUGGAGCAGGCAAACCUCGCCCGGAGGGUGAUCCCAGACAUUAUGUGUACGUAGACAACCUGGGGGUCUUGUCCAUGGACAGGUCCGUCGUGGAGUCCUCGCUCUCCUCGAUCACGGAGACAUUUGAGCAGCGAGGCCUGAAGCUCCACCCUGGUGAGGUCAAAUCACACAAAGUCGAUGCACUGGGGUGCCGUUUGUCCGGCAGGCAAUGCCGGGCCUCCUUGAAGCCGGCGCGGAUGUGGAGGCUCCGGCAGGGCAUCAGACACAUGCUAAAGAUGCGGUGUGUCUCGGGUCGUGUGUUGGAGGUUCUCAUCGGACACGCUACGUAUUGCUCCCUUCUCAACAGAUGCCUCAUGCCCAUUUUUCAUGCUACAUACAAGUUCAUCCGAAAACAUUAUGGAGAGAGGGUCACGCUGUGGGCGACCGUCCGCCGCGAGUUUGAGGUCUUUGCGGCUCUCCUCCCUCUGUGUUUUUCGGACUGGUCACGCGCCUGGAAUGGGUACAUCUCGGCUUCUGAUGCCUCGCUCACCGGAUUUGGGGUGUGCGGGCGAAGAAUAGAUCCUGAGAUUGCAGCCCAGGUUGGGAGAGUGCCGGAGCGAGAGCGUUUCCGGCGUUGCCCUUCGACAAGUGCACGCGCCUCUGCCCUCUCCGCUGCCUUGACAGAAAACGAGUCAGACAUGGACCAGGAAGUUGAAGCACUCCUUGAGGCGGGAUGGGAGGUCGACGCCAGCUUCGUUGAGGUCCCCCGUGCUUUGCUCAGGAAGUCAGACUGGGAGGUGAACCUGUAUGGAAAGUGGGCUUACCCGGACGACAUUCUGGUUCUAGAGGGACAUGCGCUGGUCAAGUCUUUGAGCCGAAUUGCGCACACUAGACAUGGCAAAGAUGCACGGCAACUCCUCUUAGUCGACAAUUUGCCGGUUGCCCUCGCUUUUGAUCGGGGACGGUGGAUGGCUCCGAAGGUGCGAGUGCUGCAGCCGCCGUCUCCAAGACCUGGCAGCACUCCACGCAAGUCUGCGAGAGUCCUCGUUGCCCCAAAGUUCCAGGAGAAAGUCUCCAAGGCCGACUCCAGCCGUGCCAAAUUGGAUACCCCGAACAUCCUGGUCGGCCUGCAGUCCGUGACGGUACAAGCGCUGACUCUUCCCAAGACAGAGGCCGAGCUGAUCGCGAUCGCAAAGCCUCAGGUGCGAGACAAAGGCGAAAGCUCCUCCAGCAGCUCCGAGGGCACUCCCGAAGUAACUCGGGGUGCCAAGCGAAAGCGAACUCUGGAGGUGCGAAGGAAAAAGCGGAUCCGGAAAUAUCUCGACUCUGCGCUCGCCAGCGCAGCCAAGGAGACCACCUUCCUCGAAGACCAGGCCGUGACAAAGAAUGUGCUGAAGACCUACGAUGCGGAGGUGGCCCUCUUCCAGUCUUACCUCAGCAAGCGCGGACAGGAUUGGAACACAGAUCCGGACGGGGCCAUCGCCGCGUACCUGAACCACCUCUUUUGGCAGGGCGAGCAGCCUUACAGGGGGGAAAAGUUCCUCGCAGGGUGGAUGCACCGCCACCCGCGCUUUGGCAGGGUGGGGGACCGGAAGCUUGCCAGGAGCUGGAGAGCUCUGAAAGGAUGGAGACGACUCUGCCCGGGCAACUCCAAGAGACCCAUGCCGCUUGGGGUUUGGUGCGCCGUGGCGGUGGAGUUGGCGAGAAGGGGGCAACCCAGGAUGGGGCUUUUCGUGAUGGUUUCCCUGUCUACGUACGCCCGUCCAUCGGAGUUGCUCCGCUGCCCGACACGGAGUUUGGUCCCUCCGUCAAUGGGGGUCAUGGACGAGUGGGCCAUUCUUUUGGCGCCGCAAGAGCUACAGCACCCAACCAAGACGGGCGACUACGACCACUCCGUAGCCCUCGACUCCAAGUACCUCAAACCGUGGAGCGACCUCCUCUUCAAGGCCUUGAAAACGCAGCGCCCGGCAUCCAACCUUUGGGACUUUGGUUACGGGGAGUACCUGAGCGCCUUUCGAGCAGCCAGCUCCUCCUUGCAGCUCGACCUCAGUCCGUAUCAGACCCGUCACAGCGGACCGAGCAUCGACAGAGCCAAGAACUGGCGGCCUCUGUACGAGGUCCAGAAGCGAGGGAACUGGCGAGCUCACAAAUCCGUGCAGAGGUACGAGAAAGGAGCCCGCCUCGGUCAGAGUUACCAGAGCCUCACGCCAGCAGUGCGAGAACACUGCGACCUUUGCGAAACACUGGUCGGGGAAGUGCUCCUGGGCACUCAGUACGACCUCACCGACAAGCAGGUGGCUGUCAUUGACUUCUGUGCCUACGGCAGGGUCGACGGUGCGGUGGCAGUCGCGGCGUCUGCAGUUUCUCUGGCCACCAACAUUUUCGAUUGA